UCAGUCAGUUCAGUCAGAAAGUGGCCGUCGGGCUGGCUGGAGGUAGCGCAAGUUUUUUCGAUCUUUUUUAGCCAGAUGCCUCAUACCGUUUUGGUAGACACGAUCGCGAACCGAGAGGUGUGACCAUUUAUUAAGAGUACGAGAGGCGCGCGCAAAAAGCCUUAAUUUAACAACGAUAGCUUUGCAUACUUAUAUGAAGCGUUUAUGAUAAUCAUAAAGGCGACAACAGCGAAAAAGCUUUGGGUCUUUUUGCUGGAAGAAAGCAGCAUCCCGAGAGAUGCUAAAAUGCGCUACACAUUAACGAAUACGAGAUAAGCUUUCCUUUUGUGAGUUUGGGGUGAAGAGGUGUUUUUCAACGGGACUCGAGUGGCGUUUUGUAGGUCGAGCUCGUGACAAAUUGGGACGACACAUUUUUGAUCAGUGAUAUUUGAGGUGCUGGAGUCCAGUUCAAGUUCAGUCCUCCUGGAGCCUGGAGGCUGUGUAGUGUUUCUGGUGCCAUCGUGGGCACUGAAAUUGCGCCGAUCAAAAGGUUAUCGAUACCCAUAUUUGUGAAGUGAAAAGUAAGAAGAUAACACGUGCAAUCAUGAUGCGUGGAGCACGUUAUAAGAGUCCAAGUUCAGUUGGGCUUGUUGUGUUGUUGUUUUUGAUCGCAGGGUUACAAUCAUUCGUGGCAGGGCUUUUGAAUAUCAGCACGGUACUUCGCAGUUCUGUUGGGUUGACUAAAGACCUGUUCGAGGUGAAUUACGGCCAUCCAUCGUUGCGCCAGUCGUACGAUUACGUGAUUGUGGGUGCUGGUCCUGCAGGUUGUGUUUUGGCCAAUAGACUGUCUGAGGAUUCUUCCAAGAGUGUACUGCUGCUGGAGAUCGGCAAGGGAGAGAUUCCGGUUUUCACUGACCCACCCUUACUGGGCCCGACUCUUGCCUCGACCGAUUUCAAUUUUGGCUACCAAACCGAAGUGCAAAAAUAUGGAUGCCAGGGAAUGCGCGGCAAAAGGUGCAGUUGGGCUCAUGGGCGAGGAGUUGGAGGUUCCUCGAUCAUCAACAACGUCAUCUACACCAGGGGAAACAAGCGAGAUUACGACAGCUGGGCCAAGGCCGGCAACACUGGCUGGGGCUGGGAAGAUAUGCUGCCCUAUUUCAGGAAAGUAGAACGCGCCAACAUUAGAGACUUCGAUAACAACGGGUUCCACGGAAAGAACGGGCGCCUGUCGGUCGAAGAUUGUCCUUUUCGAUCGAAAAUCGCCCAAGCUUUCGUAAAGGGAGCACAAGAAGUGGGAUACCCUUAUCUGGACUACAAUGCGGGCGAUCUGAUCGGAGUGUCGUACCUGCAAGCGCAUACCUUCCGGGGUCGCAGAGCUACUGGGGGAAAUGCAUACCUGAAAGACAUCGUCGAUCGACCAAACUUGCACAUCAUGACCCGCUCGUGGGCCACCAAGGUGUUAAUCGAUCCUCAGACCAAAGAAGCGACGGGUGUGAAAUUCGUUCACGGUAAGCGAACUUAUAGCGUUGAGGCAACGAGAGAGGUGAUUCUUUCGGCUGGAGCUUUCGAGAGUGCGAAAUUGCUGAUGUUGUCCGGGGUCGGCCCAGCCAAACAUUUGCAGAAACAUGGAAUCAAGGUGCUGCAAAAUUUACCAGUCGGGAAGCAGGUGACGGAACAUGGAGGAGUUUUCGGUCCCGUGUUUAUAGUUCACAAUGAUCCCGACGGACUUAGAAGCCUGGAACAGGUAGCAACGAUCAGCGAGUUUCUAAAGUUCAGAAAUGGCACAGGUCCUUUGACCUCAAACUCAGUAGAAAGUCUGAUGUACGUCAAAUCACCCGUAGCUGAAGAUCCCGACCCGGGACUUCCGGACGUGGAAAUUAUGCAAGCGUUUUUGAGCUUCGGGUUUGAUUCUUCACCGGCAGCAAAAUUCGCCUAUCAAUUGUCGGACGAAGUAGAUGAAGCAUAUUUCCGACCGCUGAAUAAAGUUAGAGCAUUCAUGUAUCUUCCUAUGCUAUUGAAGGCACGUGCUCGGGGUCAAGUACGACUUAAGUCUACCAAUCCCUUCAAUCAUCCGGAGUUUAGGUACCAAUACUUUGAAGAUAACAGAGAUGUGGAAGCCUUGGUAUAUGGCAUACUGCAAGCAAUUCGAGUGACUUCACAACCAUCGUUUAAAAAGCUGGGUGUUGAACUGUAUGCCAACAAAGUUCCUGGAUGUCAGCAGCAUAAAUUCAACACCCUAGAUUACUGGCGGUGUCAUGUAAGAACACUCACAGCCACCUUUCAACAUCAGGUGGCGACUUGCAAAAUGGGACCGUCCAGUGAUCCGGAAGCGGUAGUGGAUCCUCGCUUGAGAGUGCACGGAAUCAAACGACUCCGGGUGGCGGACGUGGGUGUUAUUCCCGAUUCUCCCACCGGUCAUACCAGUGCGCAUAGUUUCGUUAUAGGCGAAAAAGCGGCUGAUAUGAUUAAGGAAGACAAUCGGCGGCGGUAGCGCAAACUAGUAAAUUGCUAGUACCUGGUGUGACUUAUAGAGUCGUUUUAGACUUUGUGUGCUGCUAUAGUGUAGGUAAG